AUGGCGGCUGACUCCAUCAUGGCCUCCUCUCCUGUCGCGCUGCUUCCGCUCCUCGUCCUUGCCGUCAUCUGCGCGAUCGUCACGGCUCACGUGGCGGCAGGCGAGCGCGGCGCGGAUCGCCUGAACGCGCGCGCGCGAGUGCGCGGCGCCGGCGGCGCAAGCGGCGAGCCUACUAUGUCUGCCAGAAGCCUCAGAAUCGAGAGCACAGCGGGAAGCAGAAAUGGGAGCACGCGGGUGGGGGUGGGCGUGGGGGUGGGCAGCCCAGGCGGGGCGGUGGAGGCGAGGGUGCAGGUGGGCACGCAGAUCACGGUGUCGGGCGUCAGCCUAGACAUUAAUUUCGACACUCUCCGCUGCUUCACCUUCCCCAAGGCCACGCUCAAGGCGCUCAAGGCGGGGCGGGACGUACAAGUGUGGUGGAACGGGCUCACGGGCGGCAGCAAGAGUGGCAGCAAGGGCGCGGGGAGUACGCGUGGGAAGGAGGCGGGCACGGAGGGGCGGGCGGCGGGUGCGGCGUGCAAGCAGCUGCAGUUCUUUGCCAACCCCGCCUGCAAGGGCAAGGCGCUGGAUGAGGUGCUGAAGCCGCAAUACGCCGGCCUGCGCAAAUUCUUCAACAUACCCAGGUGGGUGAUGGGGGCACGUGGUGAUGGGGGCACGUGGUGA